GAGAAUAUAUUAGUACGGUUUCUUUUUAUCUUAUUGUUCAUCUCUACUUCCAAAAUCAUACCAUUUCUUCAACCUCUCGCGUUUGAUCAGAUUCAGCGAGGUCAUGGGGUCGUGGUUCAGCUCAAACAAAUUCUGUAAAGAAGAGCAGAAUCAGUCGCUUAACGAGGCCAAGAACAUAAUCUCCUCUAAUCCCGUUGUUGUUUUCAGCAAGACUUACUGUGGGUAUUGCUCGAGAGUCAAGGAGUUGCUCACACAGCUUGGAGCUAGUCAUAAGGUCAUUGAAUUGGACCAAAAAAGUGAUGGAGAUGCAAUUCAAUCAGCUUUAGCAGAAUGGACGGGUCAAACCUCGGUGCCUAACGUGUUUAUCGGAGGAAAACACAUCGGUGGUUGCGAUGCGGUCACAAAUAAGCACAGCAGUGGUCAGCUAGUGCCACUUCUUGCUGAUGCUGGUGCCAUCGCCAAUAACUCUGCUCAGCUGUGAACUUUGCUUCACUGCUUCACUACGUAGCAAUGAAGCAAAUGUUUGUUGGUGUCUUCCAGAUUUAAUUUACAAAAACAGGUAUAAAUGUUCAUGUUUUA